AUGGCCAUUACCAAUGUAUUGCUCUUUGGCGCUACGCAAGGCUGCGGUCUCGAGACACUGCUGCACUUGCUCAAGUCGGAUAAGCCCUACACUGCCACCGUGAUGGCACGCAGCCCCGAUGCGUUUCAAAAGACACUCGAGGAGCGUGACGCUGGCUUAGCAGCUUCUUUGAAGCUUUCAAACAGGCUUAACGUGCUUCGCGGCGACGCGCUCAACUGUGACGAUGUUUCGUGCGCCUUUACGUCAGCACAGAAACGUUUUGGUGAUAUCGAUGCUGUUCUGUUUGGAAUAGGCGGACGAUUAGUUUUCUCCCGCAAUCCUUUCGCACAACCAGCACUAUCGCCUAGCUCGGUCUGCGAGCGAUCUAUACGAAUUUUGACAGAUGCUUUGAUUGCUCUUAAGCAGCCUGAGCAGCCCCGACUGGUUGUCAUCUCUUCCAAUGGGCUUGCAAAGCAAGGCUAUUCUUUGCUUCCAUACCUCAUGCGACCACUUUACGCUUUUCUACUGCAUGCUCCACAUGAUGACAAGGAGCGCAUGGAAUCGCAUCUGCAUGCCCUGGCUGGCUGGCCAAGAGAUGACUUCAAUCCGCUUCACCGCGAACAACUUGAAAUACCGCCCAAAAUCAAGCAUCUCGCCAUCGUGCGACCCGCUCUGCUCGUCAACGGGGUUGCGAUCGGCCACGUCCGCGCAGAGGAGAUGCUCCGACACGGCUAUACCAUUCGCCGAUCCGAUGUCGGCCUGUUCAUCUACAACAGUCUUUUGGGAGGACCGCAAGAUAGGGGCCAAUACGUGGGAAAGGCUGUCACAGUGGCAUACUGA